AUGUCCGAAGGCAUCAUACCUGCCACGGAUGUGGAUGGCGUCAUCGAAACGCUGCUUUCUCUGGUGGAGGAGUCGGCGGAGGCCAAAAAUCCGAACGGCUUGUUCUACGCCCUGUACACGCAGGUCACCCGCGCCGUCAAGGCGGGUCUCCAGGAGAACCGCUUUGACGACUCUGCGCGGAUGGAGCGCUUGGAUGUCGCCUUCGCGAACAUCCUGUUCCAGGCCGUGUCGCGGCACCGAGCGGGAACUUCGGUCACCCAGAGCUGGGGAUUCUUCUUCGGCGUGGCAUCCAUCCGGGGACUCACGGCGGCGCAGCACAUGCUGCUCGGCGUCGGACCGCAUAUUCUCCACGACCUGGCGUUGGCAACUGCCCAGGUGAUUCCCGAGGGCGAAAUCGACGGCUUCCAAGCGGAUUUCAAUAGGAUCAACGACAUCCUCGAAAAGGUCCUGGACCAGACCGAGACGAUCCUGGGCACGAAGAGCUGCGGCAUGCGCUUUGUGGACUGGUUCCUAUGUCGCGGUGACGAGUGGGCGGCCAUGUCUGCGCUGAAGUUGUUCCGUGAUGAGGCGUUUCAAGGCGCGCGGCGGCUGCAGAAGGUUUCCGGCGCGGACAGGGCGAGGGUGGAACGUGACCUCGACACCAUGGCCUUGGACUUUUGCAAGCUGGCCGCUGCGCCGGUGACUUCCUGCGCUCUCUGCGAGGUGGGCGUCCCGGAAGCCAAGGAGUUCCCGAGCUUGAUGCGGGCAUUUGUACAAAUGCGAGUGGCGGCUUAG